CUGACGGCAACCCUCUUUUGUGUGUGUAUCAGUGAAACUUGACAGGGAAUUUUCACACGUUUUGUAGACGGGAAAAAGAAUAUUGAAAAUAAUUUUCCUGGAUUUUAAAAGCAAAGAAGUUAUAAUUUACAAUUAAGAAGCGACCCAGUGACCAAUUAAAAUAAACCAUGCCCGAGGUCGGAAAGAAAAUCGCGGAGUUGCGCGUGUGCGACCUAAAAAGUGAACUUGAAAAACGCAAAUUGGAGACAGUCGGUCCCAAAGCGGUGCUCAUCGACCGUCUCGAAAAGGCCCUGAAAGGGGAGGGACACGACCCGGCCACCCACUUGAUUGUUCCGGGCGUUAAGGGCAAAAAGCCGAUUGCCAUGCCCAUUAAAAUGCCCCAGUCGGAGGAGGUGAUCAUAAAGGAGGAGCCCAUUGAUGCCGACGAGGAAGAGGUUCCAGAGCAGCAGGAUGAUUACGAGAAUGGCAACGACUUCUCACAUCAUGCGGAUGACGAUGGUCACGAGAUCGACCAAGUGGGCGAUGUGGACGAUGAGUGUGUGAUCCUCGAUGAUGACGAUGAGGACGAAGAGGAUCAUGGGGAGGAUGACCAGGAGUACGAUGAUGAGCACCAAAACGGUGACGGCGAAGCUGAGGGAGAAGCUCAGGACAGCGGAAAGGAAGACAAUGGCGACGACGCGGCCAUCAACGACAUCCAAGAGGAGGAGGAGAAUACUGGGGACACCGGAAACAUGGACAACGACGAGUCUAUUAAUCUGACCAUUGGCGAAGACGAGCAGAAGCUACUCCACGAUGAGGCCCCCGACGACAAGUCUAUUAAGUCUGUAAAACCGGCUAACAAGUCCGAUAAGUCUAACUCAAAGGAUGCCGACAAGAAAAAUGACGACGGCGCACGUUCUAAGAAACGAGAUGAGAAAUCUUCUGACAAAAAGGACUCUAGCGAUCAAAAGUCGUCCGGAAAAUCGAAUCAAAAGGAUGAUAAAGAGAAAUCGACAGCAGCAGCCGGUGCCGCAUCCUCCACUGCAUCGAGUGCCGCUGGCAGCAAGUCGGGAUCGGGUUCUGGUGCCGGCAAUGGUAGCGGUGCCAACCCGAACAACAAGCAGGCGGCGCUGUCGCGUAAUCUCUGGGUUUCCGGGCUGUCCACUCUGACCCGUGCCAGCGACCUCAAGGCAAGGUUCUCCAAGUUUGGCAAGGUGAUCGGUGCGAAGGUGGUCACCAACACGCGCACGCCGGGCACCCGCUGCUACGGCUACGUGACCAUGUCCUCCUCGGCGGACGCUUCGCGUUGCAUCGAGAAUCUGCACCGCACCGAGCUGCAUGCGCGCAUCAUUUCGGUGGAGCGCACCAAGAACGAGAUCGGCGGCAGCCUGAACUCCAAGGAUGGCAAGGGCAAGGCCUCAGGCGAGGCAGGAAGCAAGAAGACGGACGAUGACAAGAAAUCCGGUAGCGGCAAGGGCUCCUCAAGCGCCAACGGCGGCGACGACAAGAAAGGCGGCGAUGGAAGCGGCGGAGACAACAAGUCCACCGGCGGCGAUUCCAAGCGGGAUGGCAAGGAUGGCAACAAGGAGCGCAACCAGCGACGCCUCGACGACAGGGGCAAGUCGUCGGCCAGCCAGGACAGGCCGCGCCACGAGCGUGAGCGAUCCGGCACUGGGGGCCACAAGGGAAGUCAGGACCGUCGUCCGGGGCGCAAUCCGCGCGACGUCGAUCGUGAGAUCCAGCAGCGCCAGCGGGAGCGCGAGCGUCGCCAGCGGGAGAUGCUGUCCUACCAGAAGAUUCGCGAGGAGCGUGAGCGCCAGCGCCUCCGGGAGCGGGAGCGCGAGCUGCGCGAGGAGGAGCGUCGCCGGCGGGAGGCGCGUGAGCGUCAGCGCAUCGAGGAGGAGCGCCUGCAAGAGGAGCGCCGCAAGCUGGCCAUCGAGCGGGAGCGGCUCGAGCGUGAGAAGGCCGAGCUUCUGCGGAUGGAGCGCGAGCGUCAGAAGCUGGAGCGAGAGAAAAUCGAGUUGGAGCGCCUCGAACUGAAGCGACAACAGAUGAAGAUCAUGGAGUCCCGCGAAGAUCCUGGCAAGCGCGGGGUGAGCAAGCGGACCGACGACCGCUACGGAGACGUUUCCGAUCGCAAGCGCACUGCUAUUUUUGAUGCCCCACCACCACCGAGAUUCGACACGAAUCUAGUUAGCUCCCGCAGCACUUAUGACAAGAAACACGAUGACUACGGCUCCUCGUCGACCACCAAGCGUGUGAUCGAUGACUACUCCGGCUCCAACAAGCGCUUAGACUACGCCAACAAGCGCAACGACUACAGCGCCUCGUCUGGAUCGAAGCGCGGAGCUGUCGACGAGUACUCCGCCGUGCCCAGCAAGCGCUCGAACGAUUACAGCGGUUCCUCGUCCAGCAAGCGUGACGACUACAAGCGCGAGGUGGAGGUACGCCACCUGCCACUUUCGGGAACCGCUGGCGGCGGCUCCAGCAGCUCCUAUCUGCACAAGAACAACACAGGCGGCGGAGCCGCCUCCUAUGUGCACAAGAACAACACCAGCGGAAGUGGUGGACGCUACAACGAUUCGGAUCGCAGCAAUUCCACGAGCUACAGACGCGAUGACUCCCACAGCCUGGGAAACAAGCGCUAUGACAACUCCAGCGGCGGCGGCGGAGGCUACGGCAGCAGCUCGAACAGCGUUAACAUCUGGGCUCCGUCCUCGGGCGGAAGCUCUCACCUGGGAAACAGCAGCGGCGGAGGAGGCAACCAGAUCAAGUCGUACGGCAACAACGGUAUGUCCUCGAACAUGCACGGCACCAAUUCGUGGCAAAAGUCGACUCCCGUGGAUGACAACACCUGGCGCCAGGUGCCCGGACGCUUUGAUCGCGGCUACAACGACCGUUCCACCGGCUACCAAGGCCAGAGCAGUGGCGGCGGAGCAGGCGGCAUGUACGGCGCCAGCCGUCCCGCCCAGGAUCGCUACAGCGGACCGGUGUCGCGCUACUAGGGGACGCGCAUUUUACCAGAGGCAAUUCGAAUCGAGCAUCCCAGCACCAAAUCACCUAUUUAAGACCCCCCGAAUGACCUUCCCACAGCGCCUAGGAGCGCUGCCUCUAAUUUAGUUCGCCUUAGUUGUAGUUUUAGCUUCUACAAUUACAUUUGGAAACCAAUAAAUGUAUUACGAAAACAUA